AUGACAUCUUGGAGGGAUAAAUCCGCGAAAGUGCAAGUGAAGGAGUCAGAACUGCCCUCCUCUAUACCGGCGCAGACUGGAUUGACGUUUAAUAUAUGGUAUAAUAAAUGGUCCCAAGGGUUUGCGGGGAAUACACGAUUUGUUAGUCCAUUUGCUUUGCAGCCGCAACUUCAUUCUGGGAAGACUAGGGGCGAUAAUGAUGGCCAGUUGUUCUUCUGUCUAUUUUUUGCAAAGGGUAUGUGUUGCCUUGGCCCUAAAUGUGAAUAUCUGCAUCAUAUACCAGACGAAGAAGAUAUAGGUAAACUGGCCCUGAGGACAGAGGUAUUGGACUGUUUUGGUAGAGAAAAAUUUGCUGACUAUAGAGAGGAUAUGGGCGGGAUCGGUUCAUUUAGGAAGAAAAACAAGACAUUGUAUGUAGGUGGUAUUGAUGGAGCAUUGAAUAGCAAGCAUUUGAAGCCAGCUCAGAUAGAAAGCAGAAUUCGAUUUGUAUUUUCUCGAUUGGGUGAUAUUGAUAGAAUACGAUACGUUGAGAGCAAAAACUGUGGAUUUGUGAAGUUUAAAUAUCAAGCUAAUGCAGAAUUUGCCAAAGAAGCCAUGAGCAAUCAGACAUUGCUGCUACCCAGCGAUAAAGAAUGGGAUGAUAGAAGGGAGGGUACUGGACUAUUGGUGAAAUGGGCAAAUGAAGAUCCAGACCCCGCUGCACAGAAAAGACUGCAAGAAGAACUGAAGUUAGAGUCUUUAAACAUGAUGGUGCAUCUAAUCAAUAACAAUACCAAUAGUGCUGGCACUGAGGUUAAUAAUAAGAAUAAUGAAAGGUUAGACAGGACAUUUCCAGAAGCAAGUGUUGAUAAUGUCAAGAAAAGACUAUUGCCAUUAGAUAAUGGAAUGGAGAGUGAUGAUUUUAUAGAAAAAUUGAAGAAAGUGAAAAAAAAUAUCAGUAGAGAAAAUAUUUCAUCAAAGCCAUCUGUUGGUAAGCUUGGUGGUCCCUUGCUCGAUUACCUCUCCUCUGAUGAGGAUUAG